AUAAAUUAUAAUAUAAAAUGACAUAUCAAUUUAAUCUUUCAAAUUUUUAUAAUUAUAAAUGAUAAAUAUAAUGUAAAUAUAAAUAUAUUAUCCAUAAUACACAUUAUAUAAAUAUAUUAAAUAUGAAAAAUAUAAAAAUUGUAUAUUAAAUAAUAUAUUUUAUAAAUUAUAAUUUAUAAAAAUUAAGAUAUGAAAAUAAAAGAAUAUACUAGGGAUUUUUAUUAAAAUCGUUAUAUAAUCUGAUAGUUCCACUGAAUAGUUACAUUAAAAAAAAUAUUUUAUAAAUAUUUUUAACUGAAAAGAAAUAUUUAAUAUGAGAUUUUUUAAAAAUUAUAAUUCAUUUUAUAUAUACUAUUAUAUAUACUAUUUUAUAAUUUCAAAAACUUCAGCUUUAAAAUUUAUAUAAUUUUUUAUUUAUACAAUAUUUAUAUAAAUUCAAUUGCAUAAGAUUAAAAUUGAAAAAUAAAUACAAUGAUAAAAUUAGUUAAUUAAUUAUUUAAUUAUUGAUAAAUGUUAACUAUUUUUAAUAGUUAAAAAAACUAAAACAAAUGAUACACUUAACCUAAUUUUUAACAAUAUAGUACAUCAUUUUUAGUACAUUUAAAUAUUACAAGCAUUAAUAAUGUUACGACUAUUAAGAACACGAUUAUUUAGAAUAAAUAAAUCAUUUUUAAUCAAAAAUGAAAAUAAAGAAAUUCAAUAUGUUCAAAAUAAUUGUUUAUGGCAUCAAAAUAUCAAUUUUGAUUUAAAUAAUGUGAAUAACUUAGAAGAAAAAACCGAUAAAAAGAAAAAGAUUCCAAAAAUUCCUAAAAUUACACUUAUCCAUCCAAACAACUCUAUAACUGUUACUGUAUUAGAAGAUGCAGAAAAAUUAGCUGAUCGCCGAAAUCUCCAAUUAGUACAUGUAAGUGAUCAAUGUAAAAAUAAUAGACAAAUUUAUAAACUUGUAGAAUAUUCAAAAAUUAAAGAAAAAGAAGAAAACGAAGAAGAAGAGGAAAAAGAAAAAGAAAAAAAAUAUGAUAAAAAAAAAAUAAAAUCCACUAAAUUAUUCACCAUAAAAAGUGAUAUAAUGGAUUAUGAUUUAAAUAUAAAAAUCAAUAAUAUUAACAAAGUAUUAAAGAAAAAUCAUAAGGUUAAAAUAUUUUUUAUUCAUCGUGAUGGAAUACGGGAUGGGAUAAUAGAAAGUGUAAAAAGUAAAGUACAAGGAAUAUUUUCAGAACAAAAAAUAAAAAAAGGUAAUACUAUAUUUUUAUAUUCUCCAUUAGAAGAUGAGAAUAAUUCUUCAAAGAAUAAUACUGUUUGAUAUAUCUUAAAAUAGAAAUAUAUAAAAUAUUAACAAAUAUAGUAGAAUCAUAUUAUAAUUUAAUAAAAUAAAUAAUGAAUUAAUAUGUAUACAAGAAUAUAUACAUAUAUAUAAGGAUUUAUCUUGUAAAAUUUAUACAAUAUAAAUUAAUAUCAUAUACAUAAAAAAUUAUUAUAUUCAUAAAAUUAUAUUUAAAACUUAAAUGUAUAUUUUCAAUUAUAAUUUAAAAUAUUAAAUAACAAAAUGGACAAUUUUAAA